UUUCUUUCAAGUUUGUCUAAGGUGAGCAAACCAUGGCAAAUGAUUGACGAGCACGGGGAUAUUGUCGAGAACGCGGAUCACGAUGAUGUGGAUGAGGUGUCUAGUAUCAGUUCCGGUUGGUCUUUCAUGCAACCGGACGGCGAGUUCGAUACACAAAGCCGUUCCGAUUCACCCCACAUACUGAUUGAUACACCGCAAUCGAGUCGUCGCUCCCUGAAUCGUUCCCCCAACUCGGGACGUCUACGUCACCAAAGUCUUCCAAACAGUAUGGACUCCCCUGUGCGACCAGACACAGAUGCUCAGGCGAUGUCCGGAUCGACCCGACCGGUCGGUCUGUCUCGCUCCGCUCGUCGAGUGAAGGGGCCGGAGCGUGCCGAUUCGGUCGCCUGUGUCACACGAGGUUUGCCCAACCCGGUUCAAUCACGCCAGAUGAACGCACGUUGGAACGGGGCUACGCACGUGUCUCGUCGAAAGGCGAUUCGGAACACUCUCUGUGUAGAUUCGCAACAUGCGAAAUGUUUGCGUCGGGGUGCGCAGACAUCACGUUCGUAUCAGCGCAAACAGGUUGCUCUUCUGGCUGGAGGUCAGCUGCCUCAGGCUCGUCGUAAUUAA